AUGACUUUCCCAACAUACAUCAGACCAGCUUACAGAGCGAUUAGCUGUAUCAAGCCCACAAAAAGUAUUUGUACCAAGAUACUAGGGCAUUCGGGUGCUACGAAUACCCCCCAGAUUAACCCUAGGCGUUACAGUCCUAUCCGAGUCAGCAAGAAUACCAGUAAGGUCAACCAUGACAAGAAGUUCCGUAUGAAAGUGACUCGUAAGGUUCCAGCCAGAAAGCUCUUAGAGCACUGCUUUGACUUGGCCAAAGAGACGCAACGCAGAGAGUUAGAACAGUUAGCAGCGGAAGAGGAGGAGGAGGAAGAGGAGGAGGAAGAAGAAGAUGACUUGGAGACUGUCGCCGACGUCUACGACAGCGACGAUGAUACCGUCCCUGCUUACCUUUGGGACAGCGUGGAAGCGUUGGCAGCGCUUUCCUCGCUGGAGGCAUUACAUGCUCAUUUUGCAGCCAAUGCGUAUACUCAAGAAGGCUACGACUUCAACCAGCCAGCACCUACACAAUCUGAUAUCAACGUCACCGUUAAUGGUGAGAAUUUCCAUCCGGACGGCGGGUCCUCCAUUCCCAGGACAUUUGACCAGCUGUACAUCUUGGAACCUGAGCCUGUGCAAACAGAGCUCGAUUGUCCACCAUCAUGCGACGACAUGGAUAUCGACUUGGAGCCGUUGGUGCCGCCAACUAUGGACACCUCUUCUGUGGCCAACACCUCUCCGGAGGUUACCAAGCCACAGGUCCACAAACCACCCCCAACCCCAAAGCACCGGGGCCUUCAGAGACUCAAGCGCCAGCUUCUCAGGCAAUCCUUGCCUUUCUCUGAGCCCAUCUACCUGGAGUAUCUUCUCACACAUGCUCCAGAAGUGCCCAGCACGCCUCGCAAUUACACCCAUGUCCCUCGUGGAUUGCCAACGCCGGAGUCCUCCCCAGCUUCGGUCCAGCAUUUCAAUGGCCAGUGCUACCCAUCAGAGAAGUACCGUGGAAACGUGUACAACUCUGACCACGCCAACCAGCCCAAACUGGUUAGGUUUGCAGACGAUCUUGAACACGUUAGGAUCAUUCCUUCAAGAGACUCCCAGGAGUGGAGCGUCUAA